UUCACGCGCUCGGGGAUUUAAAAGGGCGCGAAUCGCGCGCUGUGUUCGUGUUCCGGUUCGCACUGGAGCUGCGGGGUAUCCGUAGAAACCGCCGUUCGCCUUUGAACUUUCUCUUUUAAAGCUCCGCCGCAGCACAGCGAACCUCCGACGGCCUGCAUAUCUACUAAUUUAAGUUUUGCAGUGAGGCACAAUGAGUGAUUCCGGCAAGGACACAGCGGCUCCUAAAGAGAAAGACGGAGCGGAGAAGAGAGGACGCGGAAGACCACGGAAACACCCACAGCAGGAGGCAAGUGGAUCUCCUACACCGAAGAGGCCUAGAGGAAGACCAAAGGGCAGCAAGAACAAGCCAAGCUCCACGGCACCUAGGGGCAAAAAAACAGCAACGGCUUCGGCACCUGCAGCGAUGAAACGCAGAGGACGGCCCAAGAAAGCAGAGAAGGAGGAGCAGCCAUCUAAGUCCUCUGAAGAAGAAGAAGAGGAGGAGGAAGAGGAACAGUAACUAGCAACAUGUGCUACCUCACAAUCCAACGUUAUUUCUUCCUGUUGACCAGAGCUGGACUGACCCUCCCCAUUCCCCCUCUUCCUCUUACACUAGUGCCACCCUCACCCUCCAAUUCACCUUUACGCUCUAGCGCCCCCUAGCGUCAGGGAGGCUUGCACACUUCAUGCGCCUUCUCUGUGUAACACCACUGGAAAAAGACUCAAAAUACUGUAUGUCCAUUCGUGGAUGCAUGCACACGUGUAUGUCUCGCACUCAAUGGCUAAUUGGUCGAAAGUGUCUGUCAUUAUACUGGACAAAGAUAUGCUCUGAUGGCGGCUUGACACAAAGUGAUUUGCAAAAUACUGAAGUUUUCUCUUUUCGCAAGCAACCGUUUCAGGCCUAGAGAAUUCAACUUUAUUUUUACAAGUAUAAAUCUAAAAUAUGGUAGGUUGUGUGAAAUUCAUGUCGUUGUGUACUGGACAAAGGUGAAUUUACCUACUCUUUGUUUUUACUUGGGUUGUGUGUGCGUGUGUGGUAACUCUCUGUCUCCAGUUAAACAUUUUUAGCUACUCCGUGAUUCAAGCUAGAAAUAAAAUGAGCGUAUUUUUUGAGUGAAUAUAAUCUAGAGGACUUUUAACUUGUAAUCAACAUAUCAUUGAAUGCUUUGUCAUGAAACAUUUUUUAUUUUUAUUUUUUUUAUAUAAUGCUCUCCGCCAACUCGCCACCAUCAUGAUUUCACUGAUUCCUGCAAUAAAUUCACUGGCACGCAAUGCUACGUAGUCCGUUUCUGCCCGUUCUCGGUGUAGGUCAGCUUACUGGAUGUGCUAAGGAGCAGUUAGCUUUUCUGGCUGUGUUCAAAAUGUUGUUUUUGGAGGACGAUGAUUGGUAUCAAUUUUGAAAAUUACAAUUUUUUUUUUUUUUUUUACCGCCUACUGGUCCUUGUUCCAAAAAGGGCACCGCAAGUGAUUUGACACCAGCAGUGCAUUUCAGCCCCAAAUCCGUGAACUAUACAUGCAAACAUUAAUCACUUUUUUUUUUUUUUAACUAGAAAAUGCUACUUCAUUCCAUUCCCAGCUGUGCCACUUCUGUCCCAUUACAGUCCACUCAGACAGCUUUUGCUUGAUGUGUUUUGGGAUUUUUGUUUCGUUUUCUUCAUGCUUUUUUUUUUCUCUUUUUUUUGACGUGUUAAAUUCCAUGUCAGGGAACGCUGAUCGGUCCAGUGACUGGGUCUCCUCUCAGAACUUAAUGCUGCUACAAACAUGGUUUAUUAAACCCGGAAUACUGCAACCAGGUCAGUUCUACUCUGGACUUGACCGUCACGUUCAUACCUCACUUUACAACAGCCUAUGACAGAUUACUCUUCUCUUUCCUGACGAUGUUCAACUGGUCUCAGUGCAGCCUUUGGCAAGCGUGUUUGUUUUGUUUCUUUCCAAGUGCAGUGUCUGAUUCAUUUACAGCUGUCUCCAGUGUGGGUUUUUUGUUGCUCCUUUUUGUUUUGUUUUCAACUGAUUUUGCUUACAGCAGUGUGCAUCAAUGAACAGAAACUGUUUUUCAUAUAGAAACG